AUGGAGGGAUAUGUGUUCAAGCAAGGCCACGUGGUCAAGAGCUGGCAGCGACGGUACUUUCGCUUGGACACGUCCACAAGUGUCCUCGAGUACUUAACGGAGCUCGCCAUUGCAUUGGCUGAUGUGAAACUGGGCGACGAAAUCGGAUCUAUUGAUGAGGGGUUUCUAGAGUAUGUACGCCGAGCACGCGGCGAAGCUGCCGAUCCCUCCACCAAUUGCGCCGUCAGUUAG